CUGGGGUGGGACGACAUGAUGUCCAGGGUGCAAGCAGCGGAGACAAAUGCGGCAGGCUACAGGCAACGAAUGGAACAGAUGCAACAUGAGAGAGACUCAGAAAGCGCGAAGACGAGAGAAGAGCUGGGCAAAUACCAGGCCGCGAUACACGGCUUUUCGAAACUGCAAGAGAAGCACGAGUCUCUCAGGCAAAGCUUUGCAGCUUGCGAGCAGAGCCUUACGACCCAGGAAGAGAAUUUCCGCAGUGAAGCACAGAAGCUACAGAAAGAGCUUGAUAGACUACGCUCAUCCUCAAGAGACGCCGAAAUGAGGCGACAGGUUGCCAUGGACAAUGCAGCAAAGGCGAAACGACGACUUCAAACAGCUGAGGAAGAUGUGGCGAAGAUGCAGGCUGAGAUUACUCUUUUGCAACAGCAGCCACGGGAUUCCGAACAACGAUUUGAAAGGCAAUCGAUUCAGUCAAGUGGUCGGGAUGACGGAAGUCACAAGGAGGGAACCGACUUCUUAGGGAUGAAUGCUGGCAGGCUCGGCAUCAGUAAUACUCUUGCUAGCUUGAAUGACAUCAACAUGGCCAAAGGUGCCAAGAAACUCAAGAACAUGGGCAACAAUGUAAAAGCCAAUAUGGCCGAUAUGCUUCCGAAGAAAAUGGGGGGUUCCUGAGUGGAGGUAUUAGGAACCUAUUUCUUCUUCAGGAGUCAAACAUGGAUGGGGGUUUCUUUCUACCGCGCCAGCUGUCAUGUUACAUGGAUUCGUGUUUAGCUCAAU